GCUAUUGAAUGCCAUAAAUUACUGGCAAGGUGAGUUCUGGCGGCGGUUUUGUUGGGUUUAGUUUUUCACUGCGCCAUGAAAUAUAGGCAAGGCCAAUUGUGGCCGCGGUACUGUUGGGUUUAGUUUUUCACUAUGCGAUAAAAUACAUGUAAAAUCAGUUGUGUCCGUGGUACUGUUGGGUUAUUGUUUAACAAUGUCAUGCAAUACAUGUUACAUCACUCAUAAUCAUGUUUGAACUGUGACUUUCGAAGUUUAAUUACACAAAAUGAAUGGUCGAAAUACAGAAAUCGUCUUGUUGUAAAUAUGUUUACCAGCUUUAUGUGGAUACAUUUUCCUUCUUUUUCAUCAAUAAAAGUUUUCGCUGCACACCAACAACCACAACGACGACUAAGGAACCAAGUCGAUACACCAACCUUCUAAACAGACGUGUUUCAGAUAAUAUUUUAUGUCGGUUGGACAUUCUUCAUGUCUUAAAGUGGCUGUACUUGUAUAUCCAUAUAGGUAUCUUCAUAGUUUGCUUUCAUCGACAGUUUAGCCAACACGUAUGUGCAAACAGCUGAACAGCUCACUUUAUAUAAAACAGUUAUAUGACCUAACUGAACUUUAGUCGUUUAGAUUUUUUGAAACGAUAAAUAAGAACCAAUCCGGUCAUGCCGUUGUCAGUUACAUAAGCGUUUACAUUAAUAAAGUAUAUUAGCUUGAAUAACAAAUAACUGUGUUUCAGAGACUGGGCAGAUUUUAGCAGAAAUAUCAUACCUAAGGUUCGCCCUGGACCGUGCCACUAUGCCCGAAAAGGUUUGUUAACAUCGAUGGCGGGACGGAAGACCUGAUCUACAUUGGAGAUGGAAUUUUUAUAGCGUCUGGCGGUUUUAAAUGGAACGGCAACCGCGGCGAAAUUUUAUCCAUCGACGUCAACGGUGCGACGUCAGUUAUGACGCCGCUAACAAUCACAGACGCCCCAAAUAUGGACGGGUUUAUGGUUCGGUGCCACGGAAUAUCAGCAUGGAGGGAUCCAGAGUCCGACUCUUUAUACCUGUACGUAUUAAUCCAUCCUGAGUCGGUUGAUCGCGUGGAAGUGUUCGAGGUCGUCCUGAAGAGACUUCAUCUUAGACAUAUUCGUUCCAUUGUUGACCCAAGCACAUUCAUGAACGACCUUGUAGUGGUGGGCCGCGACCAGUUCUACAUAACGCGCUUCACCUGGUUCCGGUCGUUCGUGUGGAUCCGCCUCUCACACUGGCUCCACAUCCCGGAAGGCGCCAUCUUGUUUUACGACGGAGAUCAGGUGAUGCGCGCUCUCCCGGACUCAUACUUUCUACUGAACGGCAUUAAUGCCUCUCCAGAUAAAAAGACAAUAUACGUGGCUGAAUUGGGCACAAAAAUAAUCCACGCAUUACAGAGGGAUGACAAGUUGACAACAACAUGGAAAUAGUACGUGGACUCGGCUGUGGACAACAUAGAAGUUAACCAAGAGACGGGGGAUUUAUGGAUCGGCUCCCAUCCCGUCACUUAUAGGAUUGUGGACUAGUUUCGGUGGUUCGGGAAAACACCGGCAUCUCAGAAACCGCAGUAUACUAGAUGUUUCUUGAUGUGUAAUACAACGCUUGGGUAGAUGACGUACAUCGAUCCCAAAUGACACCUUCGCUUAGUGCGUUUAGCACUUAAUAUUUAUUUCGAAGGUUCUACGAAUAAAGUUACGUGGUGGUGUG